ACAUUGUAACUGAGACUCGGUCUGGCGCCCGUCUCAGCCCUUUUUUACCUCAUAAAACGCGAAUACUUGAGAUAAACGGUAUGGUAACACCGCAGCACUUGCUAACGCACCGGAAUUCACUUAACAAGUAAAUAAAUAGAUCACUUUUUGAAUUUAGAAAGAAAAACCAGCGCGGGUUCACACAUCUUGUGAUUUCAGCGAUGUGACAGCACCGGCUUUCCCCGCCGGGGCCCGGCCCCGCUCCGCGGCCCCAGGCCGGGCCCCCACCCGCGCCUCCUGUCCCCGCUCGGCCCCGGCUCCUCCGGCGCCGCGACACCCGCCCGCCGGGAUCCCUGCGCCGCCGCCGCCGGGAAAUAGUCCCCUUUCUGCUCUGGGCCCGCUGACCGGGUGAGCUCCACGGCGCGGCGGCACGGCCGCGGUCCGGGAGCGGGAGCAAUCCUUCCUUUCUUCUUUCCUUCGGCCGCGCCGCCGGCGCUCCAGCAGCAUCCCCGCCCCUCGGCGAGAUCCGGCCGGGCCGGCGCGGAGGGAUUCCCGGCGCCGGGGGAGGGGGGCGCGGCGGGCGGGGGAGGAGGUGCCCGAGGGGGGGGCGGGGAGGGGGCAACAUGGCGGCUCCGUAUUAACUUCCCCCCCCUCAGCAGCUAGCGCUGCCGCCGCUCUCCCCCGCUCCCAGCCCUGGCAUGCCGGGCACGAUGGAGAAGGGCGCGGAGCUCUUGGGGGUUAAGAGCCGGGCGGCCCCCAACGGCGCCAAGAGCAGCAGCCCCUCCAACGGGCACUACUCGGAGCCGGAGAGCGGCGGCGGCGACAGUGGCGACGAGCACGAUGUAGGAAUGAGGGUCGGAGCGGAAUACCAGGCGCGCAUUCCUGACUUCGAGCCCGGUGCCACAAAAUACACUGAUAAAGAUAAUGGAGGGAUGCUUGUAUGGUCUCCAUAUCAUAAUAUUCCUGAUGCCAAGUUGGAUGAAUAUAUAGCAAUAGCAAAGGAAAAACAUGGAUACAAUGUGGAACAGGCUCUCGGCAUGUUGUUCUGGCAUAAACACAAUAUUGAGAAGUCCCUUGCGGAUCUCCCUAACUUCACUCCUUUCCCUGAUGAAUGGACAGUUGAAGAUAAAGUCCUAUUUGAACAAGCAUUUAGCUUCCAUGGAAAGAGCUUUCACAGGAUCCAGCAAAUGCUCCCAGACAAGACCAUUGCAAGCCUUGUAAAAUAUUACUAUUCUUGGAAAAAAACUCGCUCUAGGACAAGUUUGAUGGAUCGUCAGGCUCGUAAACUAGCUAAUAGAAAUAAUCAAGGUGACAGUGAUGAUGACGUAGAAGAAGCUCAUCCAAUGGAUGGAAAUGAUAGUGAUUAUGAUCCCAAAAAAGAAGCCAAAAAGGAGGUAACAGAUAACUUAAUGGGCAAUAAUGAGCAGCCUGUUCAGACCAGCAAAAUAGGUCUGGGUAGAAGAGAGUAUCAGAGCUUGCAGCAUCGCCACCAUUCCCAGCGUUCCAAAUGCCGUCCACCAAAAGGCAUGUACCUGACCCAGGAAGAUGUGAUAGCUGUUUCCUGUAGUCCCAAUGCAGCCAACACAAUUCUUAGACAGCUGGAUAUGGAACUAAUCUCAUUAAAGCGACAGGUUCAAAAUGCUAAGCAAGUAAACAGUGCACUUAAACAGAAAAUGGAAGGCGGGAUUGAAGAAUUCAAACCUCCUGAGUCUAAUCAGAAAAUCAAUGCCCGUUGGACCACAGAAGAGCAGCUUCUUGCAGUACAAGGUGUCCGAAAAUAUGGUAAAGAUUUUCAAGCUAUUGCAGAUGUAAUUGGCAACAAGACUGUUGGCCAAGUGAAGAACUUCUUUGUAAACUACAGGCGUCGGUUUAACUUAGAGGAGGUAUUGCAGGAAUGGGAAGCGGAACAAGGAACCCUGGCUUCUAAUGGUGAUGCUUCUGCUUUAGGGGAGGACACAAAAAAUACUUCUAAUGUGCCAUCAGGAAAGAGCACUGAUGAAGAAGAUGAGGCACAAAGCACUCCGGCCACUCAGUGUUUAGGCCCUUCACCUCCAGCACACGCAUCUGCUCCAGCACCUGCCGCUCCCAUGGCAACUCUAAAUCAGCCGCCCCCGUUACUUCGUCCAGCACUUCCCGCUGCUCCUGCCCUGCACCGCCAGCCCCCACCGCUCCAGCAGCAGGCGCGCUUCAUCCAGCCGCGGCCGACCCUAAACCAGCCUCCCCCCCCGCUCAUCCGCCCAGCUAAUUCCAUGCCUCCUCGCCUCAACCCCCGGCCCGUGCUGACCGCGGGCAGUGGCCAGCAGCCGCCCUCGCUCAUUGGAAUUCAGACAGAAUCUCAGUCCACUCUGCACUGAAGAAAUAAAAGCAGAAUUAUGCUAACUCCCACGUUUGAAAAUUUGUAUCAAUGUACUUUUUUUUUUCCAAAUAAUGAAGGGGAGAAAAGAGCAAGCCUUCACAGGUAUCAGACCAGUUUUCCAGAGGAGCAAGCUAAGAACUAGAAACAGAACAACGUCAAUGACCACCUGUAUAAAAAUAUUUUUAUGCUGAAGACUUGUACAGUAGAACAAUGCCUACAGUGCAGCCCUCCUCUGUAUGAGUAACUGUUGAAGGAAGCUAAUUUCUUAAAUGAAUAAAUGUUCAACACACCAAGAUUUUGUUUAACUGAUUUUUACUCUAUUUAUUUUAUUACAGUUCUUUAUAGUCAAGCAUCUAAUUACAGGAAAGUAGUCUGGCAAAUCUAGAAAUAGAUAAUAUCGUAGGAGACGUAAAUGUAGUGUUGGGAUUUUUUGUGUGUGUGAUUUUUUUAAAUAUUUUUUUUACCUUUUAGUGAAAGAAAAUAAUGGUUUUGGGUUCAGAAUGUUUGACCCUGAUUAGAUAACAGUAGAAGCAUUUCACACACUUGUAAAAUGUAGGUCUUCUCUUCAUGUUUUCCCAGAAGAUCUUAGCUUGUUUUAAAAGGUACUGGCUUAUUAAGUCAUCUUUCAGAGUAUUCUGAAGACUUGGUGAGCUAUUGUACCAAAUUUAUCAAAUUUGAUGUGUGUUCUACUCAUAGAAUUUAACUGGAAGCAGGAGUCCAGUUUCUUGCUGCAGUUUUGUCUUGUGGGCUGGGCAGGAUAGAGUGACAGCAGCUUCCACCACCCAGGGGGAUGACAGGACAGCAACCAUCUAGCAAGAAUUAUUAAUUUAAUGCGUUAUUCCACUAAUUCUUCUAAUGUAAGUACAGUAGAAUUACAUUCCUCUGAGAAUGACUGCAGUUCGUGUAUGUUAGAUCACUGAUACCUUGCUUGAGUAUUAAUGAGGGAAGUGUAGAGGCUGGUGGUGCUGGUAGAGUAUCAUGGGAGUAGUUACCUGCUGCCAACCCAGUCUUACUUUUAAGUGAUUAUCUCUUGGCUCCUGCUAUAUUUCUGGCAAAGUUGAUUACAUGAGUAGAUGGUACUGGGGGAAGAACAAAGGUGUUUGUUUAUUUUAUUGACUCAGUAAAACCUGCAUAUAGAUAUUAGUAUUGCUUCCAGAUUAUAGGAGUUUGAAAGAAACUCAUUUCACUGCAUUCUCAUCUGAAACCUUGAUUGAUGCGUAGCAGUGUUUUGGGGUGGGGUGUUUUUUUGAGGGUUUUUUUUUUUUGUUUGUUUUGGUUUUUUUUUGUAAAAACAGAUGCCUCUAACCUCCAAGUAAACCAGGCUCCAAAUAUGAGUAGCACUGUUUGAAACUGUGUGAUCUGAAUUAAGCUAUUGAAAAAUAAUGCAUUCUUGAUUAUGUAAUAAUAUUCAUGUUGACUGUCAUACUAUUUUGAAAGGUUUUUUUGCUUAUAGCUGAAAUGGUGUCUAAAAGUCUUUUUAACUCCAUUUUGUUUUCAACUAGAUUUGCCCUUGACUAAAAUGAGACUUUUUAUGCAAAUGGAAUGUGCUCUCCCUAGGUUUUUUUCACAGAUAAAUUAGGUGGUCUAAUGAUCAGUUUAGCAGCUAAAUAAGGUCUUUUUAUAAUGUGCAAAGGGAAGUUCUUGUACUAUCAGAUUCUAUUUCAUUUGAAAAUGUAGUAUUAAAGUUUGAUAGUUGUAACCUGAAUUUCAGUUGAAGUGUUGACCUUUAUGUUUUAGUUCUUAAUUUUAAAAUAUUCUCAGAUCAAACUUGAGAGAUUUUUCUUUCUGAAGAGCUUUCACUGAUGUGCCGAGAUGUUGUACAAAAGGUCUUUCUUAAAAAUUUUCUUUUGCAUCAGAGUAGGUGCUUAGCCACUAUGUGAGCAUCAGGCGACCCCCUGUCUAAGUAAAGCAGAAUUUCAAAACAAGCACCAAGGAAUUAGUGGUCAUGGAAACUUGUGUUCUGGGAGUCACGAGUCUUUAGUGUGCCCUCACCAGCUGCACACAAAUCUGGCUGCUCUCUGGUCUUUAAAAUCAAUACAAAACCACGAUGGUACAUUUUUACAGUAUAAUUGUUAGCACUGAUAAGAUUCAUCUUCAGUAUUUUUUUUUCUUGUUUUUUCUUUUUUUUUUUUUUUUUUUUUUACUUUUAAGCAUCGAGUCUCCCAGGUGUGUGUAUUGUACAUCUGCUAAUUUUUGUCUUGUCUCUUGUUGAUAGACUUCAGUAUGCAGAAUGUUGGGUGUUACAGUACAGUUGGCCACCACCAACUGCUAUGAAACUGUUCAGUACAUUGUAAUUCCGUUUAAUCUUGUUUAAAUAUUCUAUAACUGGGCAAAGGUGCUGUAUUUGAAGGGGGGAGGGAGGGUCAGAGAUAGGUAGGGUAGUAUUUCAUAAUUUACCUACACUGUAGCACACAGUAGGGAACUCCUAGCAUUUGUAGUACUAAAUAAGUAUGUACAUAGCAAAAUGUCUUUAUUGUGUGCUUUGCAGAAUAUGUGCAUACAGUUUGCACGUCCUGUUUUGGGGGGUAGGGUUUGUUUUAAGCAGUGUUUGCCUGGAGAGUGAUAUGCUUGCUGCUUAAUCAAAGGAUUAAAGUUUCAAAGAAAUCUGUGUCUUCUAUUUUUAUGUACCUUGUAAUGGUCUAACAUGUUAGGGCCCUUAUACUGUGAUUCUCUUCUAAAUUCAUUUAUAUUUUUUUAAGAAUUAGAAAUAAAAUUAUAAAUGGUGUUGAUUUCAGUGGGAAAUUUCUUUUGCCAUAUCUAGUCUCCUCUUUUGUAAUGUAGUAAUGAACUCUGACUUCAAGGUUGGCUUCAUUUUGUCACUUUAAAAAAUGUACAAUGUUUGCACACUAACGUUUGGCAGAGAACAUGUAUCCUACAUUGUUCAAAGCUAAUGUAACUCUACAGCUUUUUGUACAGUUUAUUUUAGUUAAUAAAGCAAAAUGGUACUAAAAAAUUACAUUUUACAAAUGCAAGGCAUAAUCGGAACAACAUGUAUUCAAGAAACAACACUUGAAAAAUAUGGAUGUACAAGAACUAUCAGAUUUAAUUGUUGCACUUUAAAUCAGAAUGGGUACGAAGUUGAGCAGGUAUUUCUGCAUUUAAUAAAACAAUCACUAAACAUUGCA